AAUCUCAAUUACAAUAUUAAUAUUUAAUGAGGCAUUCACUCGUUUUUGUCGGGAUAAUCAUAGUCAAAAUAUAUUGAUAUCGAAUUUUGGAAACUCGCCCUCCUUAUCUUCGAUACCCAUGGUGAGAAUUCUGCCGUCACUUUUUAUUUACCUCCGUUUGGUCCUUCUUUCCUAAGGAAGCCCAAACAAACAACCAGCAUAUAUUUACUCCGAACCCCCUCCCCUGCCGUAAACCCCAAACCAUCGACCGUACUCCUUCCGAAACUUGUCCUUUCUCCCCCUCCCUAUCAAUAAAACUCCAGGAAACAAAAGUCCAAAUGAUUUAAUCUCGUCGAUUGAAAUAGAUAAGAGAGAGAGGGACAUAGCUUAUCGUCAUGGGGGCGGAGGCGCAGGUGAUGAUGGAUCGGACGCUGGUGUUCACGUAUGGGACGCUGAAGCGGGGGUUCUCCAACCACGGGCUGAUCCAGGAGAUGAUCCGCAGCGGCGACGCGGCCUUCGUCGGCGUCGCACGCACCGCCGGCCGCCUCCCCCUCGUCUGCGGGCCCUACCGCGUGCCCUUCCUCCUCAACCUCCCCGGCGCCGGCGAGCGCGUCCGCGGCGAGCUGUACGCCGUCUCCCCCCGCGGCAUCGCCCGCAUGGACGACCUCGAGGGAACCUGCCGCGGCCACUACGAGCGCCUCCCCAUCUCCGUCGUCCUCCCCCGCCGCCGCCGCCGCCGAUCCGUCGGCACCGGCGGCGAAGGAGACGAAGAGGAGGAGGAAAACGGCGACGACGAGGUGAAGGAGGAGGCGGUGGCGUACUACGCGCACCGGAGCUACGCGGCGGAGCUGUGGAGGAGGAGCGGGCAGCGGGGGUUCGAGGCGUACUCGGAGAAGGAGGCGAGGGGAUACGUUAAGCGGAAGGACCGCCCGCAGGACACCACAUUCCUCGACCAGAUUCGGAGCUUCGUGGGCUCUCCUCCCCAAAAUUAGUCUGGACCUCUCUCUGCGCCUCCCUUCGUUGACCGAGAGCGCGAGAGUUCCGUGCUGCUGAUUCUUAUAUUUUUCCUCGUCUUUCUUGGAUCUGCUGUUCAUCAACCGUGUGUAUGAGAAAAAAUGUCUCCUGUUCUUGUGAUCAUAUGUACCCUUCUAAUUUCUUUAGAUAAUCAGGAAGGUUCCAAUGUUUUUCUCGAGGAGGGCCCACUCCAUGUUUUUUUUUGCCUAUUUGGAAGAAAAUCGUAGUGGUGAUUGUGAAGCUCUUGUUAGAAUAUAGAGCAAACUAUGAUCUUGGCUUGUCAAUACAAUUUGGGUUCGUUGAUCAACGAGUAGUUUCUGGAUUUGAAUUCA